UAAAUACAGUUCCUCCUGGUCAGUGUGUGGUCAGUGAUGGCGGAGAAGAGCAGCAGCGGUGUGAGCUCCAGGGUGGCCAUGAGGAGGAAGGAGAGAGCAUCAGAGAAAAAGACGGAGACGGAGGUGAAGAAGGAGGAACAGAAUGUAGAGAAAAGUGCAGAGGAUGGAGAGAAGGUGGAGGUGAACGGAACAGGUGAAGCUGUGGCCAAUGGAGACGCGGAAGUGACCAAAGGAGCGGCCAGCAACGCUGGACAGGAUAAACCAGAACCAAUGGAGCUGCCGCCCUUCGAAACUUUCACAGGGGACCGGAUGGACCCCUUCUCCUUUAAGUUCCAGUUUAAGAAUGUGGAGUACUCUUCUGGCCGCAAUAAGACGCUGCUGUGUUACCUGGUGGAUCAGAGCUGUGGAGUGGACGGUCUGCUGAGGGGCUUCGUGGAGGACGAGCACGCGGGGGCUCACGCUGAGCUGGCCUUCUUCCAUCUGGUCCUGCCGCAGUACGACCCGUCUGUUAACUACGCGGUCACCUGGUACGUGUCGUCCAGCCCGUGCGCCUCCUGUUGUGCCAAGCUGAUAGAGAUCCUGCAGGAGAGGAAGACGCUGCGGCUGACCAUCUUCUCCGCCCGCCUGCUGGACUUCGAGGAGCCGGACAUCAGGGCCGGGCUGAAGGCGCUGGCCGGCGCGGGGUGUAAACUGCGCAUGAUGAAGCCGCUGGAUUUCUCCUACAGCUGGGACACGUUCGUAGAGCACGAGGAUCAGAAGUUCACUCCGUGGGAGGACUGCAAGGAGAACUACGAAUUCUACCAGGAGAAGCUGGCUGACAUCCUGGAGUGACUGAUCCAGUGGAGCUGAAGGAUCAGAUCAGAACUGACUCCUUUCCAAACACCUUAAAGGGAGUGUGUGAGUGUGUGUGUGUGUAUGUAUCAGUGUGAGUGUGUGUGUGAGUGUGUGUGUGUGUGUGUGUGUGUGUGUGAGUGUGUGUGUGUGUGUGUGUGUGUGUGUGUGUGUGUGUGUGUGAGUGUGUACGGUGGAGAAAAGCUCAGUGUGUGUUAGAAAUGAAUGUGUGUGUCCCCAAACAAUGACAAACACAUAUAACUUAUUUUGUUAUAUGAAAUGAUACACUUUAAACAAAAAAUGAUCUUUUGUACUUUUAUCUACCUGCCAGGUGAGCUGGUGUUGUGGAUGAGUGUGUGUGACAGGUGGGUAAGUCCACCUUAAAUAGCCAGAUUUGAGAAAAACUGACUGAAGGUCUCAGAUUUGUUUAAUAUAUUCAUUCAAUAAUGUCAUUGUGUGCAGUUUGGGCUGGUAAAAAAGUGGGUAUGGCCUUGUUUUUUUUUACCUAAACGUGAAAACUACCGUGAACGCAAAAGGUGCUGCAUUUAAUAAGUCAUAACUUUUUAACUUUUUUCAUGUUAGAUACUCGACAUUUAACAAUAUUUGUCCUUUAAGGUUUGUUUAACAACCAAAACAGAAGAUACAGAGAAUGCUGAAAAAAUCAUUUCUUUGUGCAUUUGAGCAACUAUAUAAAUUUUAUACAUUUAGUUAUUUAUUAUUCAUAUUGCAGUAGACUCACAGUAAUAGUAAUCACAGAAAUAAAAAAAAUGAAAAAUAAUCACAUUAGACUACAUUUUAAAUGCAUACUGUUUGUUUCUAACAAGAGCUACCACAAAAUAAUGUAUGCCAUUGUGAAGAGCACAUUUAAAUGAACACAUUUUGCAGCUAUCGUAUUUUAAAUCUUAUAAUUCAGAAACCUUUGCUACUUUAAAAUGAAUACCUAGUUGACAAAUAUGUGCUGUAAAAUGAGUAAUAAAUACCAAAAUGUGAAAGAUAUGGUGUGGUUCAGUGUGGAGAUAUAAAGGGUCAAGAUUUCUGCAAUGGCCAAAAAAUAUAUAAAUAUAUUUCUUAGAUUUUUAGCAAGGCAUAAAACAACAAACAUACAUGUCUGUAGAUUCUGUUGUUAUGUAGUUAAACACAUCUUAACCCAAAUAAUAAUCACUGCAAAUUUCAUGCAUUUAUCACAAAAGGUUAAUAAGUUAUGACUUUUCAAAAUCUGCACCUUUUUCUACUCAUUUUGAGACAAAAACAACCUAAAAAGGCAUCGACUUAUAAAAAUGAUAUCUCAGAAAUGAAUAAAGACACAGGCCUAAAGUUUUGCACACUAUCUGCUCACAAUGACAUUGUUUAAUAUUAAAAAUAUUAGGCCAGUCUGAGAUGUUCAGUCAGUUAGAAGGACUUUGGUGACUUUACAUGGAUUGACCUAAAUGAUAAAAUCCCUUUGUGGAAGUUCUAGUUACUGGCUGUUUUUAUUGUAAUUUGUUUUAUACUGUAAGUUCACCACGUUUCAUAUCCCUUCUGCACACUGUGUUUAUAAUUAUUCACGCUUAUGACAGCAUUGGAUCAUAAGGGAAAAACCGGGAUUUCAUUUUUGUAAUAAAUGUUACAUUAAUGAUAAAGCAGUGAGGUAGCAGAGUUACUAUACUGAUUUUAGAGUGAUUUUAACAAAAUGAAUUAAUAAAUGAAUAAAUAAAUGUGUUUUCUCA